UAUGAGUUAAUUACAAAAUAGGCAUUUAUUUUGGUUAUAUAUUUACUUUAAGGCACUUCUUACAUAACAUUCAAAAACAGAUACUCUUCCCUGGUGAAAAGUCAUCUAUAUCCUCCAGUCAUUGACAUCAUCUUCUCCAAAGAAUUGUUGAAUCACAGAAAACUCCCACGAAAAAUAUCCCAAAUCCUACAACUUGCACUUUCCUAUUCUUCUUUUUCUUCCUUUAUCUUUCCAAGAAACCAAAGCAUAGACACAUCAACUUGAAAGAGAGAAAGAGUUUGAUUUGAUUAAAACUAAAAUUCAAUAAAAUCUAUAAAUUUUUUUGCUUGGGUUCUCUAUGUACUAUCUUAGGGUUUAGUAUUGUAUAAUUAAAAACGAUUUUAAGUUUGCUUGAAAAAUAAUGAAGAAAUUGAUUUGGUCAGAUUUUGCAACCAUGCUCGAUGAAGAAGAAGAGGAAAAGAAGAAAGGGGAAGAAGAAGAGGAGAAGAAGAUAGGGGCAAAAUUGUCUCAAUUAAAUGGAUAUAAAUUUCUCUCAAGAAAACGACAUUAACGAAGGAGAGCCAAAGCUUCGUCGUUGAUCAUUCCUCCGUAGUUGCGGAAUUGAACCCAACUUAGGAAUCAAAUGCCCAAGAUCUGCUGCUCUCGUUCCGCUACACAAGUUGUGGUAGCACAAAAAUCAAACUCGGGUAAAGGAAGAAACGGUGAAGGAGGAAUCAAGUAUGGAUUUAGUUUGAUAAAAGGGAAAUCUAACCAUUCAAUGGAGGAUUAUCAUGUUGCUAAGUUUACCAAUUUCAAUGGCAAUGAAUUGGGGCUUUUUGCAAUCUUUGAUGGUCAUAAAGGUGAUCAUGUUGCUGCUUAUCUGCAGAAACAUCUCUUCUCUAAUAUCCUUAAAGAUGGAGAGUUCUUGGUUGAUCCUCGAAGAGCAAUUGCGAAAGCUUAUGAGAAUACAGAUCAAAAGAUUUUAGCAGAUAAUAGAACGGAUUUAGAGAGUGGUGGUUCGACUGCUGUGACUGCGAUUUUGAUCAAUGGGAAAGCUUUGUGGAUAGCUAAUGUUGGUGAUUCACGAGCUAUUGUUUCUAGUCGAGGUAAAGCAAAACAGAUGAGUGUUGAUCAUGAUCCUGAUGAUGAUACUGAGAGGAGUAUGAUUGAGAGUAAAGGUGGAUUUGUGACCAACAGACCAGGUGAUGUUCCUCGAGUGAACGGUUUGUUAGCGGUCUCUCGUGUCUUUGGAGAUAAAAACCUUAAAGCAUAUUUGAACUCAGAGCCUGAGAUUAAGGACGUAACCAUUGAUAGUCACACAGAUUUUCUUAUUCUGGCUAGUGACGGUAUUUCGAAGGUGAUGUCAAACCAAGAAGCAGUUGAUGUAGCUAAGAAGUUGAAAGAUCCAAAGGAAGCGGCGAGGCAAGUAGUUGCUGAAGCAUUGAAAAGAAACAGCAAGGAUGACAUAUCUUGCAUUGUUGUCCGGUUUAGAUGAUAACCAAGAAGACUCAGCUUAUAUUGGAUUUGGAGCUUCCUUUGCUUCACCAUGAUUCUUUUGGGGUCCGGUUUAGUUUGAUUCUGGGUCUUGGUUACUUGUGCAUUUUUAAGAACAUGAGUUUGAAUAGGACUAUUAUAUAUUACUAGUUUGACAAACCAGAUAUUUUAUCAUAUAAAUUACAUGAAAAGAAUAGUCGAUUUUAAAUGGUUUCAAUUUGUUCUUGGAAUCGUGGAUAAUUAAUCAUCUACUCAUUAAUCAAUGUUAACAAG